GCCGCAGCCCGGGCCGGGGCCGGCGGCCGCUCAUGGACAGCGGGGCCGGCGGCCGGUGCUGCCCCGAGGCGGCCCUCCCGAUACCAGAGCCUGUGAGGAUGCGGCCCCUGAGGCCCAGCCCGGGCCCUGGGGGGCGUCGGUUGCUGCUGCCCCCUUUGCUGCUGGCACUGCUGCUCCUGCUGGCUCCGUGCCCAGGCCACGCCACUCGAGUGGUUUACAAGGUACCAGAGGAACAGCCGCCCAACACCCUCAUCGGGAGCCUCGCAGCUGACUACGGCUUUCCAGACGUGGGUCACCUGUACAAGCUGGAGGUGGGUGCCCCCUACCUCCGAGUCGACGGCAAGACGGGGGACAUUUUCACCACCGAGACCUCCAUCGACCGCGAGGGCCUCCGGGAGUGCCAGAACCAGCUCCCCGGGGAGCCCUGCAUCCUGGAGUUCGAGGUGUCCAUCACGGACCUGGUGCAGAACGGCAGCCCCCGGCUGUUGGAGGGCCAGAUCGAGGUCCAGGACAUCAACGACAACACACCCAACUUCGCCUCACCGGUCAUCACGCUGGCCAUCCCCGAGAACACCAACAUCGGCUCGCUCUUCCCCAUCCCGCUGGCUUCAGACCGCGACGCCGGCCCCAAUGGUGUGGCGUCCUACGAGCUGCAGGCCGGGCCGGAGGCCCAGGAGCUCUUUGGGCUGCAGGUUGCGGAGGACCAGGAGGAGAAGCAGCCACAGCUCAUCGUGAUGGGCAACCUGGACCGUGAGCGCUGGGACUCCUAUGACCUCACCAUCAAGGUGCAGGAUGGCGGCAGCCCUCCCCGCGCCAGCAGCGCCCUGCUGCGGGUCACUGUGCUCGAUACCAACGACAACGCCCCCAAGUUUGAGCGGCCCACCUACGAGGCCGAGCUGUCUGAGAACAGCCCCAUAGGCCACUCGGUCAUCCAGGUGAAGGCCAAUGACUCGGACCAGGGUGCCAACGCCGAGAUCGACUACACGUUCCACCAGGCGCCCGAGAUCGUGAGGCGCCUCCUGCGACUGGACAGGAACACUGGCCUCAUCACCGUCCAGGGCCCUGUGGACCGCGAGGACCUGAGCACCCUGCGCUUCUCGGUGCUCGCCAAGGACCGAGGUGCCAACCCCAAGAGCGCCCGAGCACAGGUGGUGGUGACUGUCAAGGACAUGAACGACAAUGCUCCCACCAUCGAGAUCCGGGGCAUAGGGCUGGUGACCCAUCAGGAUGGGAUGGCCAACAUCUCGGAGGACGUGGCCGAAGAGACGGCCGUGGCCCUGGUGCAGGUGUCAGACCGAGACGAGGGGGAGAAUGCGGCUGUCACCUGUGUGGUCGCCGGUGACGUGCCCUUCCAGCUACGGCAGGCCAGCGAGACGGGCAGCGACAGCAAGAAGAAGUACUUCCUGCAGACCACCACCCCGCUGGACUACGAGAAGGUCAAAGACUACACCGUCGAGAUAGUGGCUGUGGACUCCGGCAACCCACCCCUCUCGAGCACCAACUCCCUCAAGGUGCAGGUGGUGGACGUCAAUGACAACGCACCCAUCUUCACCCAGAGCGUCACCGAAGUCGCCUUCCCGGAAAACAACAAGCCCGGCGAAGUGGUAGCCGAGGUCACGGCCAGUGACGCCGACUCGGGCUCUAACGCGGAGCUGGUCUAUUCUCUGGAACCGGAGCCGGCUGCCAAGGGCCUCUUCACCAUCUCACCUGACAACGGAGAGAUCCGGGUGAAGACUUCGCUUGACCGGGAACAGCGGGACAGCUACGAGUUGAAGGUGGUGGCGGCCGACCGGGGCAGCCCCAGCCUGCAGGGCACGGCCACUGUCCUUGUGAACGUGCUAGAUUGCAACGACAAUGACCCCAAGUUUAUGCUGAGCGGCUACAACUUCUCAGUGAUGGAGAACAUGCCGGCACUGAGCCCUGUGGGCAUGGUGACUGUCAUUGACGGGGACAAGGGGGAGAACGCCCGGGUGCAGCUCUCCGUGGAGCAGGACAAUGGGGACUUUGUGAUCCAGAACGGCACGGGCACCAUCCUCUCCAGCCUGAGCUUCGACCGGGAGCAGCAGAGCACCUACACCUUCCAGCUGAAGGCUGUGGAUGGCGGCGUGCCGCCCCGCUCAGCCUACGUGGGCGUCACCAUCAACGUGCUGGAUGAGAACGACAACGCGCCCUUCAUCACCGCCCCCUCCAACACCUCGCACCGGCUGCUCACUCCGCAGACGCGCCUUGGGGAGACGGUCAGCCAGGUGACGGCUGAGGACAUCGACUCCGGUGUCAAUGCCGAGCUGACCUACAGCAUCGCGGGGGGCAACCCUUACGGGCUCUUCCAGAUCGGGUCCCAUUCCGGUGCCAUUACCCUGGAGAAGGAGAUCGAGCGGCGCCACCACGGGCUGCACCGCCUGGUGGUGAAGGUCAGUGACCGCGGCAAGCCCCCACGCUAUGGCACGGCCUUGGUCCACCUUUACGUCAACGAGACCCUGGCCAACCGCACGCUGCUGGAGACCUUACUGGGCCACAGUCUGGACACGCCAUUGGAUAUCGACAUCGCUGGGGACCCGGAGUACGAGCGCUCCAAGCAGCGUGGCAACAUCCUCUUCGGUGUGGUGGCCGGGGUCGUGGCCGUGGCCUUGCUCAUUGCCCUGGCGGUGCUCGUGCGCUACUGCCGGCAGCGGGAGGCCAAGAGCGGCUACCAGGCUGGAAAGAAGGAGACCAAGGACCUGUAUGCCCCCAAGCCCAGCGGCAAAGCCUCCAAGGGCAACAAAAGCAAAGGCAAGAAGAGCAAGUCCCCGAAGCCUGUGAAGCCGGUAGAGGAUGAAGACGAGGCCGGGCUGCAGAAGUCCCUCAAGUUCAACCUGAUGAGUGACGCCCCUGGGGACAGCCCCCGCAUCCACCUUCCCCUAAACUACCCGCCAGGCAGCCCCGACCUGGGCCGUCACUACCGCUCCAAUUCUCCACUGCCUUCCAUCCAGCUGCAGCCCCAGUCACCCUCGGCCUCCAAGAAGCACCAGGUGGUGCAGGACCUGCCGCCUGCAAACACGUUCGUGGGCACCGGGGACACCACGUCCACGGGCUCCGAGCAGUACUCCAACUACAGCUACCGCACCAACCCCCCCAAAUACCCCAGCAAGCAGUUACCUCACCGCCGAGUCACCUUCUCAGCCACCAGCCAGGCCCAGGAGCUGCAGGACCCAUCCCAGCACAGUUACUACGACAGUGGCCUGGAGGAGUCGGAGACGCCAUCCAGCAAGUCAUCCUCAGGGCCCCGCCUCGGCCCCUUGGCCCUGCCCGAGGACCACUACGAGCGCACCACCCCCGACGGCAGCAUAGGGGAGAUGGAGCACCCUGAGAACGACCUCCGUCCUUUGCCUGAUGUUGCCAUGACGGGCACGUGUACUCGGGAGUGCAGUGAGUUUGGCCAUUCCGACACGUGCUGGAUGCCCGGCCAGUCGUCUCCCAGCCGCCGGACCAAGAGCAGCGCCCUCAAACUCUCCACCUUCGUGCCUUACCAGGACCGAGGGGGGCAGGAGCCUGCGGGCGCCGGCAGCCAGCCCCCGGAAGACCGGAACACCAAAACGGCCCCCGUGCGCCUGCUGCCCUCCUACAGUGCCUUCUCCCACAGUAGCCAUGAUUCCUGCAAGGACUCGGCCGCCUUGGAGGAAAUCCCCCUGACCCAAACCUCGGACUUCCCGCCCGCAGCCACGCCGGCAUCCGCCCCGACGGCCAAGCGCGAGAUCUACCUGUGAGCCCCCC